CUCAGAUAGAAAUGCCUCAAUUCACUACUGCCCUCCCAUCCGGCUCGACCAUUCUCGUCACCGGCGUGAAUGGCUUCGUGGCUUCCCAUGUCGCAGACCAACUACUCCAUCACGGAUACAGGAUACGAGGGAGUGUCCGUGAUAUGCAGAAGAGCAGCUGGCUACAGAAUACUUUCGAAAAGAAAUAUGGGAACGACAGAUUCGAAUUGGUACAAGUGGAGGACAUGACAGUUGAUGGUGCUUGGGAUAAAGCUAUCCAAGAUGCAACUGGAAUCAUCCACGUCGCUACCAUCUUCGGCCGAAGUGAUCUAGUCACUGCCAUAAUGCAAGCAAAUGAAAAGCUCCUAACAGCCGCAAAGAAGAGCAACGUGAAGCGGUUUAUCUAUACAUCCUCGUCCGAAGCUGCCAUUUACACUUCUGCCGACAAACGAGGGCAGUUGAAAGUGGAUCCUCAGUCUUGGAAUGAACAAGCUGUCAAGGAUGCAGAGACUCCUGGAGAGGAUCUCGCAAAAGGAUUCCAGGUUUACUGUGCCAGCAAGACAAGAGGAGAACAGGCGAUCUGGAAGUGGGUGGAUGAGAACCAGCCGCAGUUUGUGCUCAACACAGUUCUACCGUCUCUAUGCUUUGGCAGAUCUGUUGAUCCCAAAAAUCAAGGACACGCAUCUUCAUCUGCCUGGCCAUCAGCAAUCUUCCGGAAUGAGUUAGAGACUAUCAAACCGAUUAUAGGCAGUAUCAUUCCUACCGGAGCCUACUGCGUCGAUGUGCAAGACGUUGCACGACUGCAUGUAGCCGGUCUGUUGCACUCGGAUGUUGAGAAUGAACGACUCUUUGCAUUUGGCUCUCAAUUCGUGUGGAACGACAUUACGACCCUGUAUCAAAAAGCAUACCCCGAUCGUGAGUUUGCUAAGGAACUACCGAGCAUGACGUCUGCCAGACCACUUGAGAUUGAACGCGCAGGUCGGGCUGAAUGGCUGCUCAAGGAGAUGGGUACAUCGGGGUGGACUGCGUUGGAGGAUACUUUGAAGGCAAAUAUAGAAGAUUUAGUCUAAUUCUCCAUUCGAUCAAUGGAUGUAUAUUCUUGGACUGUGAUAAAUAUAAUGCAAUUAGAC